AUGACUAUCGGAAGUUCUUUCACCAAGCUCUCCGUGAUCAAGCCUUUCAAGACGACCUGGAAGAGUCGGGUGAAGGUGCUCCACUCUUGGAGGCAGUUCACUGGAAUGUCCGGGGAGACGAUGGAGUAUGUUUUCGCCGACGAGGAGGGUACGAAGAUACAUGCAACUUGCCAGAAAAAUGACAUACGGCGUUUAGGGAAGGAUUUGCCUGUUGGUGAAUGGAGAGCCAUUGAGCAUUUCUCUUUGACCCCUGUCUCCGGUCAAUAUCGUCCAACAAUGCACCGUUCCAAGAUGUCUUUCUCCAUCAACACGGUGAUCAGUAACUGUGGUUCACAAGGUGAUGAUUUGUUUAUCGAGCUGACAGAUUACACGGACAUCUUCAGUGGAGACCAUGAUAAUAAUUACUUGGUUGGCCAAUUGCAAAUAACCAAUGCGUUUGAUGCUUCUAAGCUUAUGAUAAAUCCUGAUUGUCCAGAGGCAAACGAUUUUAGGGAGAGGUUACCAGCUGAUGGCCUCACCAUUGUUAUUAAGGAAGAAGAUGCCACCGACUUACAGGUUCAACUUGAGAAAAAGGAAGAGGAAUGGCAUAGCUAUGCGAUUUGUUCCGUGUCUGAGCUUCUGGAUUGCGACCAGAUCGAACAGAAGAGGAUUGUGUGUGUCGUCGGUUCAAUUGACACUGACUUUGGCUGGUAUUAUUUUGGUUGUGGUACCUGCCAACACCGAGUCAGCAAAGACUUGAAAAAGGAAGCAUCAACAAAACCUAAAUCUAAAGUCCCCAUCUGGUGGUGUCAACAGUGUAAAACAAACACUAAGAAGGUUGCAGGGAAGUUCAAGCUUCAUCUGAACGUGUACGAUGGUACUGGCGAAGCAAGGAUUAUGCUACUUGACAAUAUUGCGGAGAGCAUAGUUACAAAGUCCGCUGCUUUUCUUCUGAAUGGUUCCUUUGAUGAGAUUCAAGACCCUGACCAAAUGCCGGACUCCUUGCGUAAUUUGGUCGGGAAGACUUUUGAGUUCUUGGUUGGUGUGGAGAAGGAACACAUUAGCUACGGUAAUGAUACUUACAAGGUUCACAAAGUGCAUACUGGAGAAGGAAUCGUCAAGAAAGAUAGCUCUCAUGAUGUGAUUAGUAGAGUUGAUACAGUUUCACAAAUUGUGUCUACUGAUGAGGCCUCAGCGGUGAAGAGCAAUUACUUGGAGAAUUCCGAAGCUGGUGCAACACCUUCGUCCAAAAGACAGAAAGAUGAAGUUGAGGGCGUGACAGAUAAUGGUUCUGCUUCAAAGAAACAUUGUAACAAGGUCAUCGACUUGGAAGAUAUCAAUGGUGAAAACGAUGUAGAGCUCCCAGCUGGCGAUGAGAAGGUCAAUGGAUGA